CAGCACUACAAAACCCCCUCCGACUGCUGAGACGUCUUACAGUCACUGUCGCCUCUCACAAACAAACGGCCAAACUCUGCCGUCAUAUCAAAGAAGCAACACAACAUUAGGAGUAUAGCUGUUGUUCCUGUGGCAGUUGACUGAUCAGGCCCAAUGGCUCUGCUCAAAUCUGGCUGGCUCUGGAGACAGUCUUCAGUCCUCAAACGCUGGAAGCUGAACUGGUGUGACCUGUGGAUAGAUGGGAGCUUUGUUUUUUACAAAACUGAAUCCAGAAGAGACUACGAGACCAAAGUGAAUCUGAAGGCCACCUGUGUGAAUGUGAAGUCUGGACUGGAGUGUCCAACAGAUGUAUGUCCACCUGAGAGUCACCCCAGAGAGAAUCUGCUGGUUGUUUAUAUGAGGGAUGGCAAUAUGCUGAUCCUGUGUGCCAACAGUGAAGAUGAAGCACUGGCCUGGAAACUCACACUCAUGGAGGCGAAAAGAAAUCCUGUUUUUACGUACAAUCCGUAUGACGAUACAUACCAGACUGUUCCGAUUAACAGUCAUAAUGCAGUUUACAUCAUGCCAAAUACAGGUAGUGGAGGGACUCAGCAUGUCUAUGUACACAGAGACUCUUAUGAUGACAAUUUCGGAGAGCAGAUAGCGUUGGGCCUCCUGGCUGGAAUGGCUGCAGGUGCAGCGAUGCGUUCACUUCUGUGGAUGCCCUUCUGGUUCUGCUGAGGACCGAAGAAAACAGGAUGAUCACGGAAAUCCCACGGACAGAGAACAGAGACGUCCAUAAAGCUCAGCGAUAGGAAAUACUCCCGUUCCUGCAUAUAAAUAUGUAAAUAUGAGAAUAGCUGCAGCUGUUUUAAACUCAAUGGGCAUUAAGUGGUCAAUCAGUAUGUAAAGGAGGGAUUCUUCUUUUUUCAUUGUUUACAGUCUUAAGAAAACAGUCCUAUAUUAGCAGCUCAAAUGUAUGUAUCUAUAAAACUAUAUCCGCCUCAUUUUUCAUGUAAUUCUAUGGGUUCAGCUUCAGGUCUCAUCCAAAAACAGCUAGUUUUUCUGCUUGAUAUCAUAAAUUGGUGUGUGUUACCAUAUUAUUUUAAUGUACUAUCUUAAUUAUAAACACACUGGUUUGUAGUCCAGUUUUACUGUUUACUACGUUGUUAUUCUUCUCGUUAUUUCGCUACAGCGGCUAAUAAACCGUAAGUCUUGUCUACAGGCCUACUUCCGCGUUGAAGAAUAAGGCGGAUAAUAAUUCUGCACACAGACAAGUAUGCUAUGAUUUUGCUUUGUGUGUAUUGUACUUGUAGAGCUUUGCAAACCUGUUUGGUUUGGUCCAUUAUUAAAGUUCCAGAACAAAAAUUGACAGAUAAUUUACUCACCCCCCCUUGUCAUCCUUGUCUUUCUCCAGUGGUAAAGAAAUUCCUCUCCAUAUAAUGGACUGUGUCUUAUCUAGUGUCUUAUCUAGCAAAAUAAUGGUUAUUUUCUAAAAAAAAAAAAAUUCUGUUUAAAGGUUCAAGACAGUUAGGGUUUGUCAAACAACUCCCAUCUUAAUUUCUCUUCCAACUUCAAAAUUGUCCUACAUCACUGCAGAAGUACCGACCCAGUGUUUACAAAGUGAACAUGCAAUGAAGGUCAAACGCCCUUUCCAAAAAAAAAAAGGUAAAACAGCAAUGUAGGACGAUUUUGAAGUUUGAGGAGAAAAUGGGAAGUUUUUUCGACAUACCCUAACUGGCAGACGAGACAAGACGAACGUUUAAGGUUAAAAAGUGUAUAAAUUAUAUUCUUUUAGAAAAUAAACGAUCGUUUAGAGCCCUUUGAAGCCGCAUUUAAACUGCAUUUUGAAAGUUCAAACUCAGGGGCACAAUAGAAGUCCAUUACAUGGAGAAGAUAUCCUAAAAUGUUUUCCUAAAAAACUGUCUUUACGACUGAAGAAAGAAAGACAUGAACAUCUUGGGUGAAGAAAUGUUUGUUCUGGAAGUGAACUACUCCUUUAGCAUUUUUUUUUCUAAGUUAUCCUAUCAUUAUUAAUAAAUAACUGCAAUAGUUUUCUAUUUAUAAAACACUAAAGCCCUGAAUUUAUGAGGCUCCACAGCAUGAGGUCUGGGAGUGAUCAUCAGACCGUUGAAUGCUCUCCAAAUACAAGAAUCUGGUAAACUUCUCCUUACAAGCAUUUAUUUUAAAUAUGAUGCUGAAAUAGCUCAAUAUCUCAGUAAUGAAGGCAGCAUUAUGAAAUCAGUUCUCAUCACUCAUUACCUGUUAUGUAUUACUAUGCUACAUUGCAAGUAUAAGUUAUAAACUUUAUAUUGUUGUUGUUAACACAGGUUAAAAUAAAAUGCUACUAUCACAUACAGAAUCAUAUAAGAUGGCAUUUAAUGUAUGUGUGCGUGUUUCAAAACUCAUUUACCAAUGUCCUGAUUAACAAAGAAAAAAACCCAGUGUUGCUAAAGACAAGAUUUUAUUAGGGACAUCUCAAGAUGCUGAUCAACUUAGCAGUGCAAAUAAUGAGCAUUGGUGUCAAGCAGUGUUGCCAGACAAAACUGGUUAAAAUCCAUUUGAAAUGCAUGAGACCGUUUCAAGAAAACAACCAAACAAAAGACACAAAAUGCACUAGAUCUUAAAAACGUUUAGAUCAGUCUGGGGACAAACUUAUCACUGUACAUUUAAAAAAAAAAAAAAACAAA